AUGGGAGCUCCUUUAGCUGCUGCACUUGGUCCAAUCGGUGGCCUUGCAGCAUGUGCCUGCUGUUUAAUUCUUGCUGCUAUUUGGGGUCUUUUUGCCACCACAAUCGCAUUAGCUGUAUAUACAAAAAAAUGGGUUGAUGCCGUAAAACAGGCAAAUGGUUUAGGUAGUGGAGCUGAACAGAUAUUAUUCAGUCAUGCUCUUCUCAUUGUUAUCCUUUGCGUAUACGGCUAUCUUGGAAUUCGGCGAGCAAUUCGCUCUGCCAAUUAA